AUGCCGAACAGAGGGGCGUCCGGAAGCAGGUUAAGACUCGUAUUCUACUUUCAUGCUAUAACACAGGUUUUAUCGGUACUCCUUGCAACAGCAGGAGCAAUAAUGUCGAUAAAAUUCUUCGACAACUCAUUCAAAAACGACCAUCAAAAAAUCGGGUUAGCCUUCUAUAUUAUCAUGUGGUUGCAAGCUCUACUUGGCAUCUUCAGGCCACAAAGGGGAGGCAAAGGCAGAAGUAUUUGGUUUCUUUUCCACUGGCUAGUUGGCAUUGCCGUUUCUUUACUCGGAAUCAUCAACAUAUACACGGGUUUACAAGCAUACAAAAGGAGAACAUCAAAGGACACAAUGACUUGGAACAUCAUUUUCACAGCCGAGGUCUCUCUCAUAUUCUUCCUCUAUAUUGUCCAAGAAAAAUGGCAUUAUAUACAGAAACAAGGCAUUAUACUAGGAAAUAAGCCUGUACUGCCUACAGACAGGGAAAUUGAAGCCUCACCAGCGCAUCAGCAGAAAGAAGCAUCAUCCGAAGCUUGUUGA